GAGAAGCAGAGGGGCACAUCGCCAGACAGGCCAGCAGCACAGCAGCACAGCAGGCGUAGACAGAGUGAGCUGGGAUUCUUAGUCACCGGGAGUGUGCGAACAGGAGCGAUUAUAACAAGCAGAGCCUUUACCUCAGGGAUCGUCGCACUGUGCGCUCAUCCUGAGCAGCGUUUGCGCUUGAGCGAGCUGCAUCUCUCCGGUGUGCACAUACUCGGGUGGUGUCAGUCAGACCGUCGAUCUGUGACCAGCGUUUGAAUCUCCGCCGUCACUCCGCGCAUCUCCUGGCCGACACCAAUUUCCUGAAGUCCUGGUCAAUCAGUGUAGCCUUUCUCUGCGUGUAGCCUUGGAUCUUCUCUCGAUCUUGCCGUAGAGUCGACGCGGGCGGUAUGGCGGAUCAAGAGAAGAAGGGAGACACGUUGGUGCAGCAAGCAGACAAGAAGCUCAAGGGGUGGGCCUUUUUUGGCGGGAAAUACGACGAGGCGGCAGAGCUGCUGGAGAAAGCGGCGACGUCAUACAAGGUCGCUAAAGCGUGGGACAAAGCGGCGGACACUUACUGUCGGCUGUCGGAGAUUCAGCUCAAGCAUCUGGACAGCUCGCACGAGGCGGCGUCCGCUCUCAUCGAGGCCAGCAACGCGCUCAAGAAGACAAAACCCGCCUUGGCCAAGGAGCGGCUCAAGGAGGCCAUCGACCUCUUCAUCGACAAUGGCCGCCUCAGCAUGGCCGCUCGCCACUGCAAGGACCUGGCGGAGAUGUACGAGAAGGAGGAGGACGCGGCGAACGCGGUGGUGUGGUUCAACCGCGCGGCGGACUUCUAUCAGACGGAGAACGCCAACACGAGCGUCAACCAGAUGAAGCUCAAGGUCGCCGAGUACUCCGCGCUCAACGCCGACUACGCGGCGGCCAUAGAGAUCUACGAGCAGGUGGCGCGGGACUCGCUGAACAGCAACCUGCUCAAGUACAGCGUGAAGAACUACCUGCUCAACGCCGGCAUCUGCCAGCUCUGCCGCAACGACACCGUCGCUGUCAACAACGCCCUUGACAAGUACCAGGACAUGGACCCAACGUUCCCAGACACAAGGGAGUUCAAGCUGCUCUCUAGCCUCGCGCAGGCAGCAGAGGAGGGCGAUGCUGAAGCAUUCACAGAUGCAAUUAAGGAGUUUGACACCAUCACCCGCUUGGAUUCCUGGAAGACAACACUGCUACUGCGAGCAAAGAAUUCCGUGAAGGAUGAAGAACCACUUACAUAAGCUGUUGCAUUCAACCUUGUUGAGUUCUUGCUGCUGUGGUGUUGGGAAAGCUGUUUCACAGUCAGUAUGGGCGACUGUCAGCCCCCUUCCUAGUUAGAUUUCGCUAGUGUUUUGUGUUGUUCGUGGCCUGCCAGCCCAUUCGCGUUAGAUUUGCAUUGUGUCAUCCGAAACCCACUGUUGGGGUGAGGUUGGACGCAAUAAUUGGGUGCACUUUGUUAAUUGGGUGCCUUGAAUAAUAAUGUCAAUCAUCA